AAAAGGAUUUUCAAUGAAAACGUAAGAUUUUCAAAUGUUGAUAAAUCUGAGGUAUGUCAGAUUUAUCAGCAAGGACUUAAUCGAUAUGGGGGGAGCACCACCGAAGGACAUCCAUAGUCAAUUUUAAGUUAACUAGAAUCAAACAGAGGCUCCACUCCGUCAAAUCAUGGGCAACGUGUGCAGUUCCGGCCAGAAGAAAAAGAAGGACAAGGACAGUGGCUCCGAGAAGUCCGAUGAUUCCCCACCUUACCAGGAGGCAGACAAGAAGGAUAUACUGAUAUCCAAUGAUAUGGGCAAUGAAAAGCGAGCCCCACUAGCCGCUGUGGAGGCUCUGCCAGAGACGACCCCAGCGCCAGAGGCCAAUGGCAAUCAGACACAGUCGGCAGCACAGCCGGCUCAGGCAAAGCCUGGUGCCACGGAAAAAGACUCCAACACCACCACACCGCAGGGGGCGCUGGCGCCCAGCGAUGUGGCCAAUGCCAAUCCGAGCAUGGGAAAUCUCAGCAUGCUCCAGGGCAAACCCCCGCCUGGCCGUAAGAUCGAGCGGGACAAGAAGAUUGUCAUCUAUAUACUGGCUGACAACAGCACCGAGUACAAGAAGCACAAGCGCGUCAUCUACAGCCUGUACAAACAUUUCAAGAGCAAGUGCCAAAGCAGGGGAUUCGACUUCAUCAUUGCCGAUGUCCAUGACAGCGAGGAGCAUAUUGAGCAGACCAACGGCAAUGCCAAGAAGGAUUUCUCCCGCCUGCAGGAGGUCAAGAGGUGGACGCAGACCCCGCUGGAGGCCCAGGGCGGCCAUGAAGAGGCCGCCAAUUGCCUGUGCGAGAUAUCGCGCCAUUCUGCCGGAGCGUAUAUCAUACCCGUGCUCUUCCUGGGCUCCACCCUGGGCACACCGAUGCUGCCGCUGACGAUCGAGAGUCAGGACUUCACUUCGGUGCUGGGUACCGCCAGCGAUGCCGAAAAACUGCUUCUCGAGAAGUGGUACACCAUUGACAAUUCUUACCAGCCGAUGUGCCAUCGCCUUUACACACAGCAGGUCGACCCGUACUCCACUCAGGCGAACGGGGAGCUGAACGAGCUGCUUGCCGUGCUGCUGCGCCUCUUCUCGGACGACGUUAAGGACUCUUAUCUGACCACGGUGGUGGAGCAGGAGAUCAACAAUACGGUGCUGAUGAGCCAGGAGCUUGCCAAGCGCUGCAUAUGGAUACAGACGGGUGCCCACUACUCUCGGGCGCCGGAGAAUGCCAGCCAGCUGGAGCUGGAGGUGCUGCGUCGCAUCACCCGCAUCUAUGCGGAGCUCAAGAGUCAGCUGUGCGAGAAAAAUCUGAUUCGCCUGCUGCCCAGCAUGAACAUCCUGGACGAGGAGCUGUCGGCCGUUAUCGAGAGUCUGCUGGACAAGUCGCUGGCCGCCAUCUUCGAGGAGCAUCAGCAGAAGAGCAGUAUACCCUACAACACGCUGGGCGUGGACAGGGUCCUGCUCGAGGAGCUCCAGCUCAUCGGCCACUACUCCAAACUGCUUGCCCAAAACUCUGCCAAUUUCGACAUCAUGAACGAUGUGAAGCGCUACAUACGCGAUUCCAACGCUCAACCCCUGGUCGUGUCCGGCGAUCGGGGGAGUGGCAAGAGUGUGCUCGUCUCCAAGAUAAUGGAGAAUGUGCAUCGCUGGAAGCCAGAGGCCCAGCUGAUAUUAAGAUAUGCCAACCUUAGUGCUCGCUCAUCGGAUCUCACCUCGCUGCUGGGUUCCAUGGCCAAUCAGAUGUCGGUGCUGGAGACGGGCCAACAGUGCCAGGUGCCACACACCCUCGAGGGCUAUGCUGGAGUCAUUCGGGAUAUUCUGGCACGCCAGCAGCGCCUCUUUGUCCUCAUAAUCGAUGGAGUGGACGAGCUGCAGCGCGAUGCGGCAUUGGACUGGCUGCCACUACAGCUGGGCAACUCGAAGCUCAUCCUGACCGUCAGCGAGCUGGAGGAAGAGCAAAAGGGGGAGGAGGCGGAGCAGGAUGAAGAUUCCUUUGAUAUGCUCGGCGCGCUGGCGCAGCUGGGCAUACCGCAGCGCUGCUUUCUGCGCCUACGCCAGUUUACUGAGCGCCAGUGGCACGAUAUACUCAGCUCCGGAGGCGGCGACUUCUACGCGGCCAACGGAGCACUCAAGUUGCCCGACGAGUGGAAAUCGCUGCACGGCAAGACGCCCUACCAUGCCAAGUCCCUGUGGUGGCUGGCAUGGCUGGGGCACGUGGCGCAGCCGAUCAGGGAGAUCGGCGACAUAUCCAGUCGGAUACUGCAGGUGCUGGAGACGAAGUUUGCGGCGGAUCAGGUGGAGUUGCUGCUGCUGAUAGUGCGGCUGUCGCCGUGGGGCAUCAGGGAGAGCGACUGCCUGGGUGUUUUCCAAAAGAUGACGCAGCUGGAGGCGCAGGUCGCCUUCAAGAUAUGGUCCAAGUUCUGCUGGCUGAUGGGACCAAUGCUAUUAGGUCUUAAGAAUAUUAGGAUAGCGGACAGAAGCUUUGGACGUGCCGUCCUGGCGAGGUAUGCGCAGAAGCAGUGGCUGGUACAUGAAGCGCUGCGGGACUACUUCGAUCGGCAGGACAGCGAGUUCAAGGGUAGCCAGGGUGCCAACACCUACAAUUACCAGAAGUACUUAAAACUGCCUUAUCAUCACUUCUGUGCCGUGAUUGAAGACAAGCCGGCGGCGCACAAGAUCGACAUACUCUUCAAUUGCUUUUACUUUACGGACCUCCAAUGGAUUGCCAACAAGGUGCAUGCCACUGGGCCGAAUCAUCUGAUGCACGACAUCCUUCAUGCCGAGUGGCUAGCCUCCGUUGGCAGCGAUGGAUCCAACGGCUAUGUGCAUAUCAAUUUCCUCAAACAGUUUCUCGUCCAGUAUCUGCACGAGCUGAGCUACGACGGCCAACAGUUCUAUACGCUUAUGAAGUACUAUCUGAAGACGAGCUUCAGGGAGUCGCCCGCCCUCAAGGACGAUCAGAAGAUACGUUCCUGGUGGGAGUGCACCAAUGAGCUAGAGUUUGCCUUCCUCGAGAUACUCAAUGCGGACCUAGACACCGAGAAUGGCAAUGAGAGGCCAGAGCAGGCCGAUGGUGCUGGUGACAGCGAUGCUCCGGCUGUCGCUCCUGUCAAGGGAUACGAUCUGCUGAUGAAUCUACCCCAGCCAGGCUGCUAUGUGGCCUCUAUGUGCACGGAACGGGCUGAGAUCUGCAUCUGGGAUGUCAAGAACUGCUGUCGCAUCAGAGAGCUCCAGGGCAUACAGCAGCCGACGGCGAUGUGUCCCGUUGGCAGCUACGAGGCGGCAGUGCUUUGUCGCCGCGAGAUUCGUGUCAUCAAUCUUGAUGAGGGGAAGUUUAAGGUCACACUCAAGGGCGUGAUGAACCAGAAGAUGCCCUACUUCGGUCUGCAUGAUCAGAAUCAUUUGGUUUGCCUCUCUCGCAAUCGGAUGUACGUGAAUCUCAUGAAUCUCGAUUCGGGGGAUUGCGUGACCACCUUUAAGGCUGGAGAAGAUCGUUUCCUCAACUCCUUGCUGGUCUCCGGAGAUGGGCGCAUCCUUGUCUGUGGCGAUGAGACACAGAAGCCCUUCCCUCUGCUCGUCUGGCAUCUGUCGCAGCGAAAACUGCUCUACGAUCUCCGCAUACCCCACCAUGACUUUAUGACCUCACUCUCGGCCAUUACCCAUGAGGGUUCCUAUGUGUGCGUGGUGGCCAAGGAACUGAAUGAGCCGACAACACCGAACUUCAUUGUGGUCUAUGAUCUUCAGAGUGGAACUCUGUUCAAAAAGUGGAAGCCAAGCUGCAAUACCGUCUCCCUGGCCAUAUCGCAGCUGAAUGCCUGUGUUAUAGCUGGUCUAGAAGAUGCCAAAAUAGUCAUCUGGGAUCUGGUCACAGGCAACUGCAAGUCCACUUUGAUUGGCCACAAUGCACCGGUGACGUUCUUGAAACUGGAUCCACUCGGCAAGGUGCUGGUCUCCUAUGACAAGGAGGGACGCGACAGUGCCAUACGCAUGUGGGAACUGAACUCAGCCAAAUCGCUGGCAGUGUUUAAGCCACCCUCGAAGGUGAGCACCUGCGAGAUACUGCCCAACGGAGCCUACGUCGUUCUGGCCCUCAAAGAUCGCAAUGCUCUGCUUACGUUGGCGCUGAAGAACUACGGCGGCGGCUGCGGCGACGCUCUGGAGGAUGACUGUGGCACAUUGUAUGGCAAUCCAGAUAACCAGCACAAAGUUUUCGACUUGAGUAAUUAAAUUAAAUCAAUUAAAGUUAGUUAUCAUUAUUCAAAUUAUAAAUGAAGCUCCUCCUACAAGAAAGGAAACCAAAGGAAAACAGAAUUUUGAACUAUUAUAAAUACGGCAAACAAAUUUCUCAUGCAUAAUUCAUUAGUUGUAUGUAAAAUUCUUUAAACAAAUCUUACCAAAUGUACAAACAAUGCAAAGAAAAUCCAAAGAAAUUAUUAAUUUAAAAAUCCAA